AUGCGCGUCCUCUUCUAUGCCCCGAAACGUUCAGCACAUUACUCACGCGCAGAAAAUCCACCCUUCCCUGACUUGUGUGGUAGCGCCCGUGUGCAGCCGCUGCUGCCCAUCGAAGUGCCAUCGUCACUUGUGAAACAAAUGGCGCCUCGACAAAAGGCGGCCACCGCUGCCUCGCGCGCGGUACUGGACUCGAGCUGGCGGCCGAGUCGCUGCAGCUACAGCAACACGUACGACGCCGAAGUGCCAGCGAUUAUGGAGCCCCACGUGAGCGACCCCGGCGACUGCCUCGCGCGGUCAAGUCUCUUGGCGUUUCGCUCGUCGCGAAUGGUGCGCAUGUCGCAGCAACAGCUGCAGGCGGCCCAGUACGCGCAACAGCGUCCACUUGGGGUGUACAAACACCAUCUCCUGCGUAUGACUGGUCGAAAAAGCGCCGAUGUGGUGAAUAUUGGCGAAUGGAAGGACGACGCCGACGACAGCAGCAGCAGCAGCGAAACGAGCAGCUCCGAUACUGGGGACUCGUUUGUGAAAUGUAGCCAUCGCUUGUCCCGCGUGACGUUCCAGAAACCGGUAAACCGCUCGAACCCGACUGACGAUUACGGUACAGCAGACGAGGCGGACCGUGCGACGACAUCUUUGGCUUUUGAACAUCUGCGACAUGAUCGAGCCGAGUCGGUCUUAGCAGUGAUGGCCAUGCCCGUCUCAGGGCCCAUUCCGUUAUUGGAGCGAUCGGCUAGUGACGACGACGAUAACGACAUUGACACGAUCAUUUGCGACCCGUCGAGACUGCCGCGGACUCUGGUGGUGGAUGAAAAUGGCUUCACGAUGUCGAGGGAGAGCGUGAUGGUGCGAGCGGCUAAUUUGCCACGGGGAGGCGUGAUCAAGUCGGGGCUGCUGUUCAAACAAGGCUUUGGGUUGCGCUACGGUGGCUGGAAGGUGCGCUACGUGGUGUUGACAAGCACGAAGAUGACGUUUUUCCGAGAAGAACAGGGCCGGAAACGGGGAGAGAUUGACUUGGCCAAGUGCAAUGGGAAAAGCAUUGAGAUCAUGCCGCGGGACUCGGUGUUUGACGGCUCGCAAGCUUCGAUGUGGCGAUUCGCGAUUCGUGGCAAGACCCGUCGUGUGCUGCUCAGUGCGUACACGGAAAGUGACAUGAAAGAGUGGCUGCGGUGUCUCCAUGUGGCGCUCGCAGUGCAAGCAGCAGGAGCUGGACGCUACACGGACUUUGUCGUGCCGAGUGGGACGUUUCUAGCCGAGCGAGGCGGUGGACUGAUGCGUUCAUCGGGGAUUUCCUGUCGUGCCCAGUCGUCCACGAUCUUCAACGUUCAGGUGGAACAUGAACUUGAAAGUGUCGACUGUCAACAAACUUCAUUGCGACUGUCACGCGAGACCCGAGUUGAGAUUUACGUCCGGACGGAAGUUGGACUCAAAUGA